CGUAAGUAAAUUAUUGUGCUCCUGCUGUUGGUAUUGUUCGAAGCAGUUGCUAACACUGGUUUACGAAACUUUUUACAGAUUGGUUUUGGGAUAUUUAAACUGUAUAUUAAUCAUUAGAUUAAGUUUGUUGCAAGUGUGUUUCUGGACUGCGGCACUUGUAAUGUUUCAUUUUGAAAACUCGUGGAAGUCUUCAUCCUGCAGUGUUUGCCUGCACUGCCUCAUCCUGCCUGACGUUUGUGGCUUUAAAUGUUUUGGUUUUGUGCAUUUUUGCAGCUUGCUGUUUAGUUAACUAUAUCAUACCCGAUUGCCAGUGAUGAUAUAAGUUCCGGAGAUUUUGUCAUGCAUGGUGAUAUACGCAGGAAAUUGUUUGAAUCUGUUUCAAGUGGCCCAUGGUCGAGGUAACAGCGCACCAUGAGCCUUCAGUUGAUUGCCUCUGCGCGGACGCUUGUUGCGCCGUAUCGUCAGCUGGGAUACAUUGGAAAAUAUGGGAGCUUGCGAAUAUGCGGCGGCGUUAGGAGAACGAGUUCUUGGUCGCCAUCUUUCAAAAAUGUUCAAGCGGACAAAUUGCAGUUUCUCUCCCCGAAAAUUCCUGGUGGUGAGAUUUUAGGUCGGGAAAUAUCUGGCGCAUUUGUGCCCAAUCCCGAUCAGAAGGAUAAACAAGUGGUUAAACGGUUUGUGCAUGGCCAUCCUGGCGGCAGCGAUGACAGUGACAUGGAUUUCAGCGUUAAAAAGCGAACGACAGGAUGGGAAAUUGUCAAGAAAAUGCUGUCUUAUGUGUGGCCGAAAGACAGUGUGGGAAUGAAAGUCAGGGUAGCGGUUGCGAUGGCCCUCCUGCUUGGAUCCAAGGUGGUAAACAUUUAUGUCCCGUUUAUAUUCAAACACGGCGUGGACUAUCUCAACGAGCAUUCAGGCGAGCUUUUGACCGUAACAUCUACGAAUCCCGCUACAAACGCAGCCACCUACGCCGCUGUGAUUUUUCUUGGUUAUGGAGCUGCUCGGGCGUCAGCGGCUCUUUUUAGCGAAAUGAGAAAUGCAGUAUUCGCCAAAGUUGCUCAGCAUUCUAUCCGGAAGAUCGCCGUGUCCACGUUCGAGCAUCUGCACUCAUUAGACAUGCGUUUCCAUCUCGGCAGACAGACGGGAGGAUUGUCCAAAGCCAUUGACCGUGGCACUAGGGGCAUCAAUUUUGUGCUCAGCGCUUUAGUUUUUAAUGUCUUUCCUACCAUCCUUGAAGUGGGGCUAGUGUCCGGUGUUAUGUACCACCAGUUCGGAUUACCGUAUGCACUUGUCACGUUGGGAUGUAUUGGAACCUACACCACAUAUACUCUACUGGUAACUCAGUGGAGAACUAAAUUUCGAGUGGAAAUGAAUAAAGCGGACAAUGAAGCAGGAUCGCGAGCCAUCGACAGUCUGAUCAAUUAUGAAACAGUGAAAUAUUUCAACAAUGAGCAGCACGAAGCGAAUAAAUAUAAUGAAGUGUUGAUGAAAUUCGAGAAAGCGUCGCUGCAGACCAACACAAGCCUAGCUUCCUUGAACUUCGGGCAGAAUCUGAUUUUCAGUACAGCUCUUGCCGCCGUGAUGAUUAUGGCCAGCCAAGGAAUUUUAAAAGGCCAGCUGACGGUUGGAGAUUUAGUUAUGGUAAACGGAUUACUAAUGCAGCUUUCACUGCCUCUGAAUUUCCUGGGAACUGUUUAUCGUGAAAUCCGACAGUCGCUGAUAGAUAUGCAGACCAUGUUUAACCUUAUGAACGUUGGUACUAACAUAGUGGACAAACCUGAUUCGGUGCAGUUGAUGCUCACACCAUCUACGUCAACUGUUACAUUCGAGGAUGUAAAAUUUUCAUACAUCAAUGGUUAUCCGAUCCUCAACGGCUUAUCAUUCCAUGUUCCCGCUGGGAAAAAGAUUGCGAUAGUCGGGGGCAGCGGCUCCGGAAAAUCGACUAUAGUACGUCUACUCUACCGAUUCUUUGACCCGAUGGAAGGGAGCAUUCUUGUUGGCGGCCAGGAUGUCAAAGAUGUGACAUUGUACAGCCUUAGGGAAGCUAUAGGAGUCGUACCGCAGGAUGCGGUCCUGUUCCACAGUUCAAUCUUCUAUAAUAUUCAGUAUGGUCGCCUAUCGGCAUCUCCAGAAGAAGUCUACGAUGCUGCAAAAAUGGCAGAAAUACACAGUUCGAUUGAGAAGUGGGCCCAUAAGUACGAUACGGAAGUCGGAGAACGAGGCAUGAAGUUAUCCGGCGGCGAGAAGCAACGCGUAGCCAUUGCCCGAGCCAUCAUGAAAAACCCUUUGAUUCUGGUGUUUGAUGAAGCCACAUCGUCACUAGAUUCUAUUACGGAACAGAAAAUCAUGAAAGCGCUGGCAAGAGCAACGGAAAACCGCACUUCCAUCUGCAUAGCCCAUCGACUCUCGACGGUGGUGGACGCCGACGAAAUUCUCGUGCUGGAGAACGGGAAAGUAAUUGAGCGUGGAACGCAUUACUCGCUAUUGCGCCGUCCCAGCAGCCUUUACACCCAACUCUGGCAUGAGCAGCAUGCUCCAGCUGAAGAAUUAGUGAAAUUGCAUGAAGAGCAAUCAGGUAGCAGGGAUGCACCGUCGUCCUGAUAUCGAAGCUGGGGAAUACUUAAUUUAAUUGUCAGGCAAGGUUUCGUGUGAACGGGAAGCAUCUGUCCGCAGUCGGGUUACGUGCAUCCGCAUUUCUGAUGUCGGAAUUUGUGAUUUUUGUUUUUAGCGUUUAAUAGUAAAUGUUGUAAGAUAUUUGUAACGCCUUUAAAAGAUUUAUGAUGCAAAUGAUAGCCGGUGUUCCAUAGUGGAGCUCAUCAAAACGCGAAAUGACCGAUAUCCGUUUAACGUUUUAGUAGUAAUUGUAGAGGAAUGCAAUUUGGGAAACACAUCUUUCCAGUAAGAUUCUGCUUUUUUGCAAAUAAGCUUUAUUCGCUGUGCACGCUCGACCAGAGAUGGCCAGUAAAUACUACCACCACAAUAAAAACCGUGGUAUGGGAAAGUUC